AUGUUCUAUUCAUAUCCCUACAAAGCACUCCGUUUUCCCAUUCAGUGCGUUUGGCUGAAACUGAAUGGUUCUUGGCCACUAUCGGAAUCAUCGAGGCCAUGGAGGAGCGACUCCUUUUUGGCCACUGCCUACGUAAUGUGGGCGUGGUACGUCAUUGCAUCCGUUGGCAUAACAAUCAGUUACCAGACGGCAUUUCUGUUGAACAACCUAUCGGAUAUCAUCAUCACCACGGAAAACUGCUGCACCACCUUCAUGGGAGUCCUGAAUUUUGUGCGACUCCUUCAUCUGCGCCUCAAUCAGAGCAAGUUCCGCCAGCUCAUUGAGAACUUUUCCUACGAAAUUUGGAUACCCGACUCGUCAAAGAACAACGUUGCUGCGGAUUGUCGCAGGCGCAUGGUAACAUUCAGCAUAAUGACAUCCUUGCUGGCGUGCCUGAUUAUAAUGUAUUGUGUGCUGCCGCUGGUGGAGAUCUUCUUUGGACCCGCCAUCGAUGCGCAGAACAAGCCGUUCCCCUACAAGAUGAUCUUUCCGUACGAUGCCCAGAACAGCUGGAUUCGCUAUGUGCUGACCUAUAUCUUCACCUCCUAUGCGGGCAUUUGUGUGGUCACCACAUUGUUUGCGGAGGACACCAUCCUGGGCUUCUUCAUCACCUACACUUGUGGCCAGUUUCAGCUGCUACACCAACGAAUUGCUGCACUAUUUGCGGAUUCCAGUGCGGAAUUGGGCGAGAACAUACAGCUGGAGCGCAUCAAACGUAUUGUGGAGAAGCACAACAAUGUUAUCGAUUUCGCUAAGCGGCUGGAGGACUUUUUCAAUCCAAUUCUAUUGGCCAAUCUAAUGAUUUCAUCAGUGCUUAUUUGCAUGGUUGGAUUUCAGAUAAUUACUGGAAAAAAUAUGUUCAUUGGGGACUAUGUGAAGUUCAUAAUUUAUAUAUCCUCAGCCUUAUCGCAGUUAUACAUCCUUUGCGAGAAUGGAGACGAACUGAUAAAACAGUCCACUUUAACGGCGCAAAUUCUAUAUGAAUGCCAAUGGGAAGGAUCUGAUCGCAUGGAAUCUCAUUCCUUCACGCCAACGAACAAGCGAAUCCGAAAUCAUAUUUCGUUUAUGAUCCUCUGCAGCCAACGACCCGUAAGGAUCACGGCUUUCAAGUUCUCAACAUUGUCCUUGCAAAGCUUUACGGCCAUUCUAAGCACCUCGAUAAGUUACUUUACCUUACUGCGGUCCGUUUACUUCGACGACGAAAAUAAACAGCACUAA